AUGACGUCUGAAGGGAUACCAAUUCAUAUAAAACAACCUAUGAUUCAUACGAGUAUAUCUGAAGAAAGUAUACUUGACUCAACUUCCGAAGUUGUAUCACCCGAAACUUUACAAGAGACAUCAAUUUCAGAGUCAUCAAACAUUAUACUUCAGAUAAUUCAAUUUAUUUUAGUUGCUUUCAAAUUUAUAAUUUCUAAAGCUUCCUCACUACGAACUUUUACCCCUGAAAUAGCUUUCUUUCUUGAUGCUAUUAUAAACUUUUUUUCGUCAACAUCAAAGAUUAAUUUAAUAUUAUAUCUAAUAAUUUAUUUCACAUGGAGUUAUCUACAGAAAUCUUCAUUAAUAUUGCUUAUUCUUGGCUGCACUUUUGGCUAUAUGCUUCGGAAUAAUGAUACAUCUAAUCAGAAAAAAUCUUUAUUGAUUCAAGAAUCUUAUGUACAACAAAAUACUCAAAUUUCUCUACAGGCUAUUGAAUGUGAAAAAGCAACUUCUUCUGAACUUUCUAUUACUCCUCGAGUAGAUGAUUCAUUAAAUAAAGCAUUUGAUUUUAUCAUUCGGGAUAUAAUUGUUUAUUAUUAUAAUCAAAUAAGUUCAAACAAGGAUUCCGAAUUUCAAAUUCAUGUACGAAAUUCCAUGAAUGUUAUGGCAACGAAUUUGUCUUUGUGCCUCCAGAAUAUUGAUAAAGUAGAAUUAGGAAUUAUGUCUAGUUUUGCUAUUGCAAACAAUUUUAUUGUCCAUUUGCGCGAAUACAAAAAAUAUAUUAUAACAAAUGAAUCAUUGAGUACUUAUUGCUCACAAAAUAAGAACUCUUUACUUUCGCACACCACAGACAAAGAAUCGCAGGCGCAAGUACUCCGUUCUUUAUCUAAAUUAUUGUUGACUCGUCUUUUACCAUCAAAUGAGAUUCAGAGUCAUCUAUUGAUGACGUUUCUUUCUGAAUUAUGGGCUAUUCAAAUCUUCGAAGCAUUAUUAGAAAAAAUAUGUGAUCCAGAUUGGUUAAAUUCUGCUAUUGUUAGUUAUUUAACAGAUAAUGAUCCCGAUGAAACUCAUGAUACAACUUUUUUUCAACAAUUGGCAACUUCGAUAGACGAGGAAGUGGCUGGUCUGACAGAUAAAUUUAAUCAACCUUCAGAUGAUUAUCAAUCACCAAUAUCUAGUAAUCAACCUUUGACUAUACCAACUUCAUUAUCAACAAAUAUGUCACUUGAUUCUAAUGUUGAAACUUUUGAUGAGCAAAAAACUUCUGGUGAAACUCACGAAGAGAUUCCCCCAGCUGUUAAAGAAGUUACUAACCCUAAUAUAUCACCUUCAUCAUUUUCGUCACAUCAUUCAGAAGAAGAGCUGAAGAAUUCAGUUGAAAUUCACCCAGUUGUUAAAGAAGUUGUAAACCCUACCAUGCCACCAUCGUCAGUUUCACGACGCAAUUCAUAUUUACGUUCUGAUAAUACAGAAAAAUUGAGAUUGAUUCUUGAACGUCAGUCAGAUACUUUCGCUGAAUUUAUGGCUUUUCUAGAAGAGCGUAAAUCAGCAAACUUACUUCGAUUCUGGCUUCAAGCCGAUUCAUUCAAAAAAAUUGCAGCUAACGAACAAAACAUAGAUCUGAUUCAAAAUGAUGCAUUGAGAAUUUUUAAAGUUUACUUUGGUGAAACUGCUUUAUAUCCUGUAAGAGUAGUUAAUAAUAUGUUAGUAAGGCAGUGUGAGAGUGAUAUAUCGAAGGGACCUGCAUCUAAUUGCUUUAGGAAAUUGCAGGAAUAUGUAUUUUUGGUGUUAGAGAAUGAAUAUUUUGACGAUUUUAUUCAAGCAAUGAGAAGACAAGGCGAAGAUAUGAGCUUUAUGUAUGUUGAAGAACCAGCUCAAUUUGGAAAUCUAUCUCAGGUGGAAGAUAAAUCUGUUAUAAUGAAUGAUAUAUCGAUCGAAAAUGGAUUUCAUAAACGAAAUAAUACAGUAGACAAUUCAUCCCUUGGCUCGUUAAACCGAUCAGAUUCUUCAUCUAUUAACGAAGCUGAGUCUACGGGACUAAUAGAAAAUCGGUCUAGAUCAUUCUCUACUGGAUUUUUUGUGGACGCGUUGGAACAAAUUACGACUACGUUAGGAAUCAAUGAAUUUUCCCUAGACGCACAUGCAGAAGAGGAGAAUGAUUCAGAAUCACUAUCUGACCGCCCAAAAAUGCCAAUGAUGAAUCUUAAUGGAGUAAGGAUAAGGAUGACAGAUAUAUCUGAAACAAAUAGAUUAAUUUCUUUAACAAAAUCUCGUACCUAUAUGAUUGAAGUUGAACAACCUGGAUCCGCAGGGUGGAUUAUGACUCGAAGUUUCAGUGAUUUUGAGACACUGCAUUCAGCUUUGGGAAAAGAUUUUCCUAAAGCUGAAAAAGUAACAAUGCCACGUUUGAUGUGGAAAAAGAAUCAUGAGGCUUGUAAGUCUUUAGAACGAUAUUUAAAUAUUUUAUUGAGCGAUGCUUCCUUAUGUGAAAGUGAACCUCUCCAAAAGUUUAUGAAAAGAGACGGUCUUCCAAAUGAUGAUUUAGAAAGAACACCUAGUAAAAUAAAUAGAGCGUUAUCGAUAUUAUCAAUUCCAAGAUCCAUAUCUAUGGUUAAUCUUGUUGGUUCAAGUCCACAUGAUGCUCCUAAAAAUCAAGAAUUUAUUUCAACUAAAACUAGCUUUGAAGGAUCGUAUUCUAAAGAAUCAUCGGAUCAUUUUCCAACAUAUACAGAUAGAUCACAAGAAAUGUCAGAUGAAGUUUCCGGUAAAAACUCUCCAUCCUCAACUUUUUCACUCAUCACGUGCCCUAGCAUUGAGAGUAGAGCUUCAGAUGAAUCAAUAAUAUUACCCAGUGAAAAUGAUACACCUGAAAAAGUACCUAUUUUAGAAAAACCUCGACGUCCAAGACCAAAUAAACAAAUGACAGGUCAAGACAUUGAUCUUCUUAUCGAUACAAUUUUUGAUACUAUUGAAGAAAUAUUUGAUUUAUCAGAAAAAUCUCAAUGGCAUCUUCGAAAAACCGUUUUAUCAGUUUUAAGAGGGCUGGUACGGAGAUCUUAUACUGAAGCAAUAAAGCAAUCUUUUUUAACAACCAUAAAUUCAUUUUCCACAGAAGAUUAUAUGGUAUCAUUGAUUGAUGGUUUUACCAAUUCAUUUUGGCCUAAUGGAGUAUGGGCUGAUUUCGAUCAACAACGAAGUGAAGAAGAAAAAUUACGAACAAAAGAUGAGGCCAAACGAUUACUUUUACAAAAAGCUAUACCAAAUUCUUUAAAACAAGUGGUGGGUUAUGAAAAUGCUAAAAAUAUGGUUGGAAAAUUAGUUGAUGGGUUUUUAGCCGAAAAAGAAGUUGUAAGAGGAAUGGGUAUUAACAUAUUGGAAAAUGUUAUUAAAAUUAUUCUAAAUGGAUGA